AUGUCUCUCUUCCACAGCUUCCACAGUCCUGCUGGCGACUUCGCCCCUCUCUUCCGCCUUCUGGACGACUACGAUGUCCACCGCUCGACCAGAGGCCAGACUUCCUCCGUGCGCUCCUUUGCACCCCGCUUUGAUGUCCGCGAGACCAAAGAUGCCUACCUUCUGGACGGCGAACUUCCCGGCAUCGCCCAGAAGGACAUUGAGAUUGAGUUCUCCGAUAACGAAACCCUCGUGAUCAAGGGCCGCGUCGAGCGCGAAUACCACUCCGGCACUCCCGAGCAGGCCACCCAGGAGCCCUCUGACAAACAGAAGGAGAGCACCGAGGUUGUGCAGUCCGGUGACAAGCAAGUCAGCAAGGCCGAUGACAAGGCCAAGCAUCGUUACUGGGUGAGCGAGCGCUCUGUCGGCGAGUUCCACCGCACCUUCCAGUUCCCGACUCCCGUCGACCAGGACAACGUCAAGGCCAGCCUCAAGAACGGCAUUCUGUCCAUCGUUGUGCCCAAGAAGGUCGUUGCUACUGGCGCCAGGAAGAUUACUAUCGAGUAA